AUGGGUCGCAUGACUGGUAUUAAAUGGGAAAAGUCCUUGCUAUGCCGACCAAUUCACAAUAUAAUUUCAUCCGAUUUUCCAAAAUAUGUUCCUCAGCCUUGGAAAUUUACCGAAGGCCCAUCAAGAAUAGAAUGGCUACUAUCUUACGAAUAUCAAAGAAUGUGGCUCGAUGAACGAGAAGCUUGGAAAAAACGUAUGUAUCCAGAAAAUACAACAGUAAAUAUAGAUGUUGUAAAACGUUAUGUUCUUUCUUUUAAAAACAAUCAUCAGCCACCGAAGGAAACGAAAAAGAAACCGUUUAAGAUAAAGAGAUUCGAAGGGAUAGGAAGCAAAACUAUUACCAAGCGUACAUUGACAGACAACACAACGACAAAAACAUGA